AUGGACUACCGUGCCUUUGACAUCAAUCUCGCGUCCUUGGAAGGCCUAAAAUCCCAAAAAUUCUCGCUCUUCAAGAUCAAAUACUACGCCGUCGUCACGCUCGUCGCCACCUCGAUCUCCCGCCAAAAGUCCCGGCUCGGGAAGAGCCACGAGGGCGGAAAGUGCCACAUAUGGAAUCAUCCGAUGAGAUUCUACGCCAACGAAUCGAAACUCCAACAGAACUCCAUUAUGCUGAUGGUUCAGAUCCGGAGGAGACGUGCCUUUUGUAUGGACAAGGACGUAGGAAAAGUCUGCGUCCCUCUUAAGCAGCUAUACGACAAAAGCCUCUCCCAAAAUGGUAACAAUAUUAAUAACGUUGGUGCUUAUAGGGUUGUCACGGCUUCAAGAAAGUACAAGGGCUCUCUGUGCUUCUCGUUCACGUUCAGUAAUGAGUUUAGAAGGGCGGUUAGGAAGAACAGCGGAGAAGACGGCUCAUCGACGCUACGACGGUCGGUGGCCCGUCGGCAUUCGGUUUCCCCGUCGGCGCCGUAA